GCACCCUCUUCAUAAAUAAUAUCAUACAAGUACAUAAAUACAUGUAUUUAUUUUCUUCUGUUGUUUUCAGAGCAGAGACUACAUCAGCAGUCCGACAAUGCGAGUCGUGGUGAUUCUAACCCUUCUGGCUCUAAUCCUCUCCCUGUUUGAGUCUGAGGCUCAAAUUAUGUCUCUUGAACCCACGAAUCCUCAAAUGAACAGGGUGGCCUGGUAUGUCAAGCGCCAUAUGGACGCCGUCACGGACCUGAAAAAGAAAUACUACUAAGCAAAGCGUGAAUUCUCUAAUGACCUACUUGUACAGUCGCCAAGACCAGAUUGCCUCCACGGCAGUGCAUUUUGACGGCGCAAGGAGCAUGGCUGGCUAUGGCUUUUGGUACUCGCACGACGACAAAUUAUUCAAUGUUAGAACCGGGGGCCUCUACCUGAUUCUUCUCAAGGUGACAACUGUGAGCCUCACCGACCCCGUGGCUCUGAAAGUGCUCAGAAAUGACGUGCCAGUUGGAUACCUGAAGGGAGG